AUGCAGCCUCUUUACAAGACCCUCGCCAUGACAGCGCUAAUAAGCCUCAGGGUGCUGGCGUCGAAAGUAUGGCGAAGUUCAACCAAGGCAGAUCCAAAGCUCCUGCACCGUCCCUACCACAGACCCAAGUAUUGCCUCGGUAGCACCUACAACAGUCUCGACGCUUUCACCACCGGCCUCGACGCCUCCAUCAACAGCAACGUUAGACGGGACGACGGAACCACAGACCGUGACAUCGACAAUUCCGCCAGUCACAGUGACACUAAGGAGCCAGACCCAACACCCACAGAACCAGCCGCCCAACACACAAUAAGCACAUGCGCCAUCACAUCAGCCCCAUCGGCCACCGCCCCGCCCCCGUCCGGCCCGGGCUCAGACCUCACAUGGGGCUGCCCCCCGGGGACCAACUGCUCCCCGCCGAGGCCACAGCCCUGCGACGCAUGGUCCGACUCGCCCGCGGACGAGUUCACGUGCCAGGCAGCGCACUGCGCGCCCGCCAGGGCCCUGGUCCUCAGCGGAGCCGGGAACGGGAGGUUCCCGCUCAACGAGGGCUACUUCGACCUCGACCCGGCGCGGUUCGGGCUGGGCUUCGACAUCUUCGCCAGGCCGGGCGGCGCCCUGGGGCGCCGGCUCCAACAGCAGCAGCAGCAGCACAGCGCCGCCAACCUCAGCGUCUUGGACGACAAUAACAACAACAAGUCCCACCCGCAGAAGCCCCGCGACUUAUCGAACGACCUGAUCCCGGCGGCCUGCUUCAGCCCGUGCAACAGCGCCUACCUCGAGGCGCAGUCGAUGGGCAAGACACCCCGCCUGUGCCGCCCCGGGUCGGCCUUCAUGGCCUACCACCGCGGCUGCGAGGACUGCGCCGGCCGCAACGCGGGGCAGACGGCGGGGCUCACCACGGGGGGCCCGGGCGACCCUGACUACCUGGCGGGCAAGUUUGCCCAGUUCCUGCGGUACUGCAGUGUGGUUUCCGGUGGUGGUGGCCCGCCGUCGUCGUCGGCUGGGGCUGGUGGGGCGGAGGAGGAGAAGACAUCAUCAUCAUCAUCAUCAUCCAGGCCAACAGCCUCCGCCGCCGAGGACGGUGGUGCUGCAGGUGCUUCACCCCGUCCGGACUCUGGCGCAGCGUUCGCGGAGGCACAGCAAGGGGGGAAACCGGCGGGUGCCUCGCCGCCGCCUGCCCUACCGUCACCACCACCAUCAUCAUUAUCAUCACCCGCAGUGGAGGAGGAGGGGACCAGCCCGGGCACGUCCGAGGCCGCCGCGGCAGACCUGAAGGCGCCGGCGCAGCCCGAGACCCCACCGGGUGCCGCGCAGGCGGCUGGGUCCCAUGCAGUAGCAACAGCGGGUGUCUCGUCAUCAGGAAACGCCGCCGCCACGGUCCACGGUGCACCCUCGCCGUCGCCGUCGACAGGGGCCGGCAUAUCCUCCUCCUCCUCCCUCGGCACCACCACCAAGCCGACCGGGACAGGGCCAGCAGCAGUAGCCACCGCGGGCUCUCCCAGAAGCGUACCUGGUCCCCUCGCGGGAUACGGCACAGUUCCAUUUGCCGCAUUUGUUUCCUUUUUAAUUGUAUAA